ACAUCAAUGCCAUCCUUCUCCUCCUCCUCGUCAAUCCGUGCUGCCUCGGAACAUUUUCUUUUGAACGUAAAAAUCGGACACAAGCUCUAUCAUAAAUCAACGUCUGAUGUCGUUUACAAAGUCAAGGGCAGACUGCCAAAAGAAUUGGACGUUCUUCUCCUUUCAGAUUUGAUCUUCUCUAUUUCAGGUUCUGUGGAUGGUCAGACGGUCCCUGCGGAUGCAAUCGUGCACUCUGCAUUGAUGCACCAUCUCCGUAAUGACCUUAACGUAAACGCACCUCAGUUAGGGUUAAAUAACAUAUCUGACCCAUACAUCGAUGACGACGACGGCCACGCUAAAAUCACUCUGACUCCAUCCCGGUCCCUAUCACAUACAUCCCGACCCCAUGCUAUUCUCGUGGCGGUGGAUCUCUGUUAUAUUUGGAAAACCGCAGGCGAUCGCCAAGACUCCACCAACCUUCUCAGCGAUGCCAGUCCUUUCGCUCACAACCUCUAUCUACCCUUUGAGCUCCUCCUCAAGCGUGUCACAGAACAGUUUUUCACAAAUCAGCUCGUUGGACGCUAUCCCCUAAUCUUUGGCAUGUGGUGCAGAAGACUCGAUAUGGAGGCCGAGUACUUUCCGUCCGUCGCUCAAUCCAUUCUCGAAAUCAUGCGCCGGUCCCCCAAUCCCCAUUUCGUGGCGCGGUGCAAGCGCCUGAUAAAGACCGCACGAGCUCGCCAUCAAUCCGUGCUCCAGGCUUCCGCAGCAGCCCUCUCCUUGUGCUUCGCACCCCGCGACACAGAAGACUCGGAUGAAGGCGAGCACAUCAAUGCUUCUACUCUCACACCAGACGCCGUCUUGUGUGAGACCUUGGAACAGACCUUCCGAGUGGGGGUUCCCCAGACCCGCUUCAAGAGUCGGAUCAUGGUCCCAUGCUCAACUCUAUUUGCUUCCUCGGCUGGGGAUGACGAUCAACUACUUGAGGAUGGCGCCAUCUCCAACAGCACAGAAGUCGAUUUCCCUCUCACUUGGCACAAUCUCCCUGAAUUUCACAUGGAUAUCUCCGCUUCGGUUAUUGAUAUGCAGCAGACUGUGCCAGACGAUAUGGAUGAUCUUCUAGAGGACUGGCCCGAAGAAGCGUCCACGUUUCCGGGCGCUUGGAUGACGCAUUCGGACGAUUCUCUUAUCAACGGCCUGGGGACUGAUUCAUCCGAACCACGGAGCAUUACGUCCCCUCUGACGCGGCCCCCUCUAACUGCAAGUGAAGACGAUAGCUUCGCGUUGGACCUAGAUCCUGAUCACGGGCAAGACAAUACCAACAUGGAAGAUGCCGAGUUCGACCAUGCCGUGUUUCAUCCAUCCCUGUCAUGUCAUCAAACGCGUGUUGGCGCAGACCUUACGUUUCUGGGGAACUGCCAAGAACAACCUGGGGAACUGGAGUUCGACGCGCUAGAUGAUCACGCUGAGUUUGAAGAUGAAGAAUGGAGCUGCGAGGACGAGAUGCUGUUUGAUCUGGCCGACGUUCUGAGUGGCUCGGGUCUUCUUUGUGCUGAAGAUGAGACUGGACACCUUACUGUCUCACAAGUUCCAGACGGAGGUCCUGAUCAAGACAUCUUACAGGUGAAGAACAAUGCCGCGGAUCAAGAAUACGUUUUCGACACACACUUUAGCGGUCAGGUGGUCCAGGGUAGUGAAGAUAGUGACUGUUUCACGGAUGUCUGGGAUCUGUAACAUGUUCCGCAACAAAGAGUGACUUGGGAAAC